AAAAAAAACAAAAAGAGAUCUUUAGUGUAGAAAUGCAGCAAAGUUUGGGUCUUGAUGUUGAAACAGGAAAUGUUGAUUCAAAACACGACGAAGAUGGUCGAAUGAAAAGAACAGGAACCAUUGUGACAGCUAGUGCCCACAUCAUAACGGCAAUCAUCGGGUCUGGAGUUCUGUCUCUGGCGUGGGCCAUAGCCCAACUGGGAUCGGUCGCCGGGCCGAUUGCCAUGGUGGCCUUCGCCAUCAUCACCCUCUACACUUCCCUUUUGCUGGUUGAUUGUUACCGUUCACCCGAUGGCAAACGAAACUACACCUACAUGGACGCCGUUAGAACUCAUCUGGGUGGCGUGAAAGUAAAACUUUGUGGGCUAGCUCAAUACGCGACUCUCAUCGGCAUCAGCAUUGGAUACACUAUCACCACCGCUUUGAGCUUGGCGGCGAUUGUUAGAACCAAUUGUUGCCACAAACAUGGGCGCGAAGAUGAGGAUUGCAGGCCAUCAAAACAGAAAUUCAUACUCAUGUUUGGAGCAGUGCAAGUUCUACUUAGCCAAAUACCAAAUUUUCACCAACUUUCGUUCCUCUCCCUAAUCGCUGCCCUCAUGUCCUUUGCCUACUCUUCCAUUGGGCUCGUUCUCUCCGCUGUUAAAAUCGCAAAUGGAGCAGAUGGGAAGACGAGCACAAUAGGAAUGCCUGUGGGAGCGAACAAUUCAGGCACAGACAAGAUGUUCAAUACCUUUUCUGCCUUGGGAAACAUUGCUUUAGCCUUUGCUUUCUCAUCUGUUCUCAUUGAAAUACAGGACACGCUGAAAUCCUCAUCCAAGGAGAAGCGUGUGAUGAAGCAUGCGUCCACCAUUGGCAUCACAAUCUCGGGCAUCUUCUACCUGUUGUGUGGGACCCUUGGUUACGUGGCAUUCGGCAACGGAGCCCCGGGCAACAUCCUGACCGACAACCAUGGCUUCUACGAUCCCUACUGGCUCGUGACCGCCGCCAACGCGUGCGUCGUCAUACACCUCGUUGGGGCCUACCAGGUGUUCACGCAGCCAGUCUUCGCGCUUGCGGAGUCCUGGAGCCGAACCAGGUGGCCCCACUCCCCGCUCGAGUACGACGUGCGGGUCCCACUCGGAGGAAACCUGAGGCUGAGCGUCUUUAGGCUGGUGUGGAGAACGGCGUACGUGGCAUUCACGACUCUAGUGGCUAUGAUAUUCCCAUUCUUCAACGCGAUUCUCGGCCUUCUCGGAGCAAUGGCCUUCUGGCCAUUGGCCAUAUUCUUCCCAGUCGAGAUGUACAUUGUUCAAGCAAAGAUUUCAAGACUCUCCUUCAGGUGGAUAUGGUUGCAGGCACUGAGUUACUUCUGCUUGAUCGUCUCGGUUCUCGCUGCGGUGGGGUCCGUUCGGGACCUCACCAAAUCCGUCAUGAACUUCAAGCCCUUUGAGUAGAAUGCCAGAAGCUCAAGCUCGUGGUUUAGCUAGAUAUUCACCUAGGAAUUAAUCUAAGGGGUUAACAUUUAAUUAUUUUAGUGCUUUAUCAAGUACUUGUGUGCAAUAUAUUCUCCCUAGCUUU